AUUCCAUAUAGUCCAUUUGAGGCUUAGGCAACGGUGUAGCCUACAGAUGGCAAAGCUAUACCACACGACAGAUGAUUAGUGCACUAGUCUAACAACUGACUACAGGUCGGCCUGGUGCUGAAGAUUUCAAACUUUGUUGACGGAUUGUAUACUUUUGCAGACUAUUCCACUAGUUCUCCUAGGAGGCGCUGGUAUCUGCUUGCUCCGGUUACCUCGACUUACGAUGUUGCCCUAUCAUCCCCCUAACUCGAGGAUAAGCUUGAAUUUCUGCAAACUAGCAUUACAUGCGGCUUUAAUCAGCGUAGUCGCCUGCUCGGCCUUUGCGGGAAGCGCCUUGGGGGGCAAUCUUGCGGGUAUUCGCAAGCAUAAUGUUCGGCGACAAGCUCAGGAAACCUCAUUCACAGACAGCAUGACAUGCCUCAUCGAGUGGCGCACCUCGCCCUCCUCCCUAACCCAGCAGCAGCAGCAGGCAAUCCUGUCCCCCCCGCUGGUCCAGGAGGUGGGCCCCUUCAGCCUUGCCGACCCCGACAGCUUCCAGUGCACCAUCAACAACGACUUAACCAAGCACCCCGGAUGGGACCGCACUGCCGACCUGCUAGCGGGUGUACGAAAAUACGACGUAUCCAUGUCGUGCAAGUGUACGGCAUAUGGAGGUGGUUGCAACGAUCUGCGCCAGUACCUCGUUUAUAAUUGGUUGGCGGCACCUCCCUGGCCUACAUGGGCGUCGUCCGCUACCACCUCAACCGCACUGCAGCAGCUGGACUUCAGCAACGGCACUUGUACGGCAACCUCCUGCAACGCCACCAGAACCAACGUCGACCCACCGUAUGCCGACUUUGUCUGCUUCCACGCCGCGGAGUACGACAUUGCUGAUGCAACGGACGCGAUUUCGGCCAAGCCCGCGGACGUGGACGUUGGAACCUUCAACUGUACGGCAAUUUCAUAUCAGCGAUACGACGCCAGCUCUGCAUUGUACGGGAAGGGCGACUCGGCGCAGCUGGUUUCGCAGUUCCAGGGGUUUGGUCGGGGCAUCACCACCCCAUGUGCCCUGCAGUCUAGCCUACCUCAGGACCGCUUCUUCAACUGGGCCAACACCACCGUGCUGGUGUGCACCUGCAGCGGGGUGCCGGGCAACUGCUUCCGCCUGGCGCGCAACACCACCUACUACAUGGGGGCGGCGCCCAACACCGUGUCCUACCCCGAGUACACCAGCACCGCACCGGCGCUCACCCUCACGCUCAGCGCAGGGGACUGUACGGCAGGCUUCUGCGUCACCUCCACCCGCCUCAAGUUCCCCGACUGGGCAGUAAAGCGACCCACGCUGCCGUACAUAUUCGGAGAGUCGCUCUGCAUCAGCCGGCCCUACACCACCGUCAGCGCACGUCCUUCUGCCCCCAGGGGAGUGCUCUCCUGCUCCCUCUCGCUGCAGCAGCCGGCGGGAGCGGCGGUUGUCAGCACAACCCCUCACAACGACACGUACCCCUCCCUGGUCGUGGGUGGGAACUCCGGGGGAACCGGCAGCUGCGUCGUGCGGCGAGACAUGGCGCAGUCGUACCCGGCGUACGGAUUCCUGCCGUACAAUCACGAUGUGACUCAAGAGAGCCACGCCACCAACCUGAGGCUGCAAUGCACCUGCAAAUACGGGACUGGUAGCAAUAGCAGCAGCUGCUACUCCAUGGCUCGCUCCGCCUACCUCAGCAUGUGGGACGGGCCGCUAUGGCUGCAGGGCAGCACCAGCAGCCUGACCACAACGCCAAUCUCCUUCUCCCCCAGCGAUUGCAGCUUGGAUCAGUGUUCCCUGGCGCUCGAUCUUGACAAGGCGCCAUACACAUCUGCCAUGUGCCUGGGGGCCUGGCCGUACGAGGUACAAGCUGACGACACCUCCGAGCCCGUCCAGUCCGCCCCGGCGCCCAUGCCGUACUGCGUGCUGGACCUGUACCAGUGGUACGACAACUCCUCCGCCACCUACCCGCCUGGCGCUGGAGACGUGCAGCCCCUCUACACCCCCGACCUCCGCUCACUAGCAGUUGACUCGAGCUCUAGCAGCUCGGGCAGUUGUUGGAGCAGCCCGCAGCUCACGUACGACAACCCCAGUCCACCCCCCGACGCAGCAUUCGGCAGGAGCCGUCCGCCGCCGCCUGUGGCUGCUGUGGGCGGGGGAAGGAGGCGGAGCAUCUUGGACGGGGUUGAUGUCGGCAUCAACGAUCGGAUUGCUGUUGGUGGAACCGGGAAUGCCGGUGAUAUCACCGACACUCGCAAUUACGGAGGCACCAGCAGGAGGAGGCUGCAGCAGGCAGAUGCCAGCCCACCUACCGGCGACAUCAUUCCAGGAACUGAGGGCUACACACAGCCAACUUGGCCCUUGCUACCAAACAUGCCUCACCCGCCGCCGCCACCUCCACCACCGCCUCCGUCGCCCCACCCGCCACGCCCCUCACCUCCGCCGCCACGACCCCCUUCACCCCUUCCUCCGUCUCCUCCCCCUCCCUCCCCACCGCCUCCCUCACCUCCACCUCCCACCACUUUCCGCGGCAACUGGGGCGCCUACGCCCGCCUCAGCUGCGCAUGCGCCGCCUCCACCGCGGGCAACUGCUACACCGCAGCGCGCCGCAUGGCCUGGUUCUACAGCCUGCAGUACGCCACUCAGAUGCCGCAUCCUUAUGCACCCACAUCCGCGCUGAGCUUCAAGCCCUGGGAGUGUACGGCCGGCAGCUGCGUCUCAAGUGUGCACGUGGGCCCCGCUGGGUCCGUGGGAACAGCGGUGGGCAGCGGGCCGCCGACCGACCCACGGUUCCUUUUCUCCCAGGCUCUCUGCUAUAAGACGGAUACCUACGCGACACCCGAUAUAGGUCAGGACAACCUUCCCCCGCCGCUGCCUCCGCAGCCCCCCAGCCCUCCGUCUCCAGAGCCUCCCUCGCCGUCGCCUCCACCACCACCGCCGUCUCCCCCGCCGCCGCCCUCUCCCUUCCCUCCUCAGCCUCCUUCGCCUGAGCCCCCCAGCCCUCCCUCGCCCGCGCCUCCUUCACCGCCGCCGCCCAGCCCCUCACCUCCGCUGCCGCCAUCCCCUGAACCCCCUUCUCCGCCUCCUCCCUCGCCUCCGUCCCCCGAACCGCCCUCUCCACUGCCGCCGGCGCCGCCUUCACCUGAACCCCCCUCCCCCUCUCCUCCCGAGCCCCCGUCUCCACAGCCCCCUUCCCCAUCCCCGCCACCGCCUCCUUCACCCGAACCACCCUCCCCGCAGCCUCCCUCACCACCCUCACCUCCCCCUGCAGUCCCCAGCUCCCCUUCUCCACCUUCACCACAGCCGCCUAGCCCCGCACCACCCUCGCCGCUUCCUCCCAGCCCCACACCUCCCUCACCACCCCCUCCCAGUCCCGCACCACCCUCCCCAGAUCCUCCGUCUCCAAGCCCGCCCUCCCCGUCUCCAUCCCCUCCGCCCUCCCCGCCCGCUCCUCCCUCACCACCUCCUCCCUACGAGCCCCCUCCCGCCGGCGCCCCGGCUCAAGCCGUCACCGGCAUUGUAGCAGCGUCCGUGGCAGCUUCCGUUGGCGCCAGCGUCGCCACAACCGCCAUUGCAACGGUCGCAGCAACCGCCACAUCAGUUAUGGCCUCCACGGCAGGCGCAGCUGCUACUGCUGCGGGUCUGGGACUCGGAACGGCUGCUGCUGCAGGGGCAGGGGCAGUGGGUGCGGCGGCGCCUGCUGCCUAUGUUGUCCUGAGCCUGGCAGGCAGCACCGCCCCCUUGCUCGGGCUUCUGCAACACAUGCAGUUCUUGGCACUCACGGGGGACGCAGCCGCGCUGUUGGGUGAGGAGUACGGCAACGUGGCUGGGUAUCUCAGUUGGACCAACUACCGGUAUGACAUUACGAGCAUCUUCGCAUCAAAAACGGUUGGUGCUGCAACGAGCGGCACGACAGCAACGACGGCCGGUAGUGGCUCACAGCAGAACCGCAGAUCCCUUCUUGGCAACUUUCAAUCCUUGGAGGACGGCGGUAGCAAUACUUCUAGCACGGGCUCCCAACACACCGGGGCCGUUACAUGGGCCGAGGCUGCCGCUUACAAUACUCUUGUGGUUAUUGCGGUGCUGCUGUCCUCCGUGCUUCUGCUGCACUGGCUGCUGCUACGGCUCUGGAGCUGUCUGCCAACACUCAAACACACACCCCUGCCACGAGUGCUCGUCUUCCCAAGCCUCGAGCUGCGUCUGCUGGACGCCUGCCUGACCCCGCUGGCUGCCGCUGCCGGCACCCUGGCCGCCGUGUCCGCCUCCACCCGCCACCGCGCAGCAGGCGGGCUGGCAGUGCUGGCGUGCGUGGCGGUGGCGGCGGUGGUGACGCUCUUUGGCCUGCUGGUGCGGGCGCUGGUGCGCAGGCUGACAGGGUGCCGUAGUUCCUGGUUCCUCCAGCGGCGCCGAGAGGCCUUCACUCUGGACCUGUCUGCCCUGGAGCCCGGCAUGGACACCGCCGCGGGGGGCCGUACACCCCCUGGUGCUGGAGCUCGCGGCUGCUCCUCGUCCCUCCCUCUCACCUUCAAACGCCACUUCGCAGCUGCCACCGCUGCCGGGGCUGCUACCAGGGCUGUUGCGCCCCGGGGCUCAAGCGCUGGGUCGGGUGAGGUGGGCGGUAUCGACCUGCUGAAGCCCCUGCCCCUUGAGCACACCCGGUCGGCCGCCCCCGCGGCCGCUGCUCAGCAUGCUAGCAAACUGAGGCAACAGCAGCAGCAACACGGGGAGAGGGAUCAGCAUGAGGACUUGAGUCGGGGUCACGACCAGGGAGGCGGUCUUGAUCAAGACUGGGAGUCGACUCCCAGGGAUGGUGCAUUAGACGUUGACGGAUACAAGAAUGACAGAGCAGGCAAGCUGAAGAACCCCGCCGGAGGUGACUACGAGUGCGAUGGCAAAAAGCAGCCCUGCAACCAGGAUGCCGAUGCUGCUGCUUCUGAUGCUACCGCUUCCCCACGUGUGGGGCCGCUGGAGGGUCUCGAGCGGGCUCUGCAGUCGCUGGAGGUUGGGCAGUGGGUGCUGCAUGAGGAGCAUGAGGGAGGCGAGGAGGCGGCGCUGGAGCCCGCCCGCACCGCUCACUACCUCGUGCACGGCUUCAGCUGGCGGGCUCUCCUGAGCCCCUUGUUCGGAUGGGACAUGGAGGAUCCCAAGCCGCGCUCCAAGACGACGGACAAGCUGUACGGCGUCAGCCCCAGCAAAGGCAGCCCACGCAGCGGCAGCCCCGGUUUCCGCUUCAGCCACCCCAGCAGCAACAGCAGCGGUAGUGCCGAGGGCGCAGAGGGACCCUGGCCCUGCUUUAAGCAGCUGAUGAAGCAGCACGCGGGGGCAUUGCGGCUGGGGCAGGUGGAGGAGGCGGUGUUGGACAAGACCCCCCGGCCGGGGCGAGGAGGUGUUGCAGGGGCAGGAGGCAGCGGCUCGCCUACUCGUUACUACAUGGGGCAGGUGGCACUUGUGCUGGCAGAUGACCCCGAUGUGGGCGACCUGGGUUUCAACGAUGUGGUGGCCGCUCGGGACUUCAACCGACCCGACAGUCUCACGCCGCCCAAGGCCACCGCCAAGCCACAACGGGGUUCUGCAGGCGCCCCGGCUGCAGCUGCCGAUGGUGACGCUGGCGGCAAGCGGGCGGGUCGGCCGCGGCAGCCCCUGCCUGAGCUGGAUUCAGCCCGAGUGGAGCAGACUCCGCCCCCAUCCGGCCGGCAACAAGAGCAGUCCCAGCCUCAAUCUGGGUCCAAGGAUGCCUUGCCGCCAUCAAAGAAGGACAUCGACGACACCGCCGCCGCCGCUGCCCCCUCAUCCUCAUCGUCCUCAUCAGCCCUGCCUCCCUUCCUCAAGGGCGGCAAGGCAGGAAAGGCCCUGCCCCAGCCGCAGCAGUCGCACCCACCGCAGCCGCAACGCAAGGUGGCAGGCAACACGCUAGCUGCCGUACUGCUGUAUGAACGGUACGGUGAGGCACUGCUGCAGCCGUACAAGGGGGACAGCUCGUUGGCCGCCAGCUUCCACUCGCCCAAGACACUGGUGAUGGUGCUGGCGGCGUUCCUGCUGGGCCUGCAGGCUGCCGAGGCGGUCACCCCCGGCUCCCGCGCCGCUGUGGCCACCACCGCCCUGCUGCUGGUCGUCAAGGUUGUCUUCGCCAUCUACGUGGUUGCGCUGCGGCCGUACACCAACCGACUGGCGCGCUUCACGGAGGGAGUCAGCCACGCUUGCGAGGCGGCCAUGGUGGCGUGUUUGCUGGCGCUGCAGCACUCGCAGCGUGUGGCGGCGCAGGACGGCAUGAUGGCGCUGGCCAUGAUUGUGCUCGCCAUGCAGUUGGCAUCCGUGUGGACCCUCAGCGUCAUUCCGGGGCUGCUGGCCACGGUGCGGAUCUGCGCCAAUCUGGCUCAGCAGCGGAAGCUACAGGCGGCUCAAGACCGUCAGAAGCAGCAGCAGGCCCAGAAGCAGCAGGAGAAGCAGCAAGUGACGCCGUGAGGGGAGUGCGUUGGGAGCGAGGGCCGCGGAAUUUAGGGAGUGGAUUAGAUGACUCGAAUCAGCAGUUUGACUCAGCAGGUACAAUCGAUAGGUCAAGCAAAAUUUGAGAGUGUUUGCCGGAUGACGUAAAAGAGAACACGUUGGAUGUGCUUGAUGGCUCCUGGUGAUGGUUGCUGGAGAGAUGUUGGCCAAGUGGCCUCGACUGUCAGCCUUAGCCCCAAGCAUGGCCGGAAAGUAAAGCCCGGAUGACCUUUGUACAUAGGCGAACGUAGACAUUAUUCCGUGUUGUUGCAUGGGGGUUUAUGAUUACCACAACGUGCGGGUAUUCUUGUUGAGUAGGGAGGUAUGUAUCCGUAGCAUGUAUCAGAUCCCAGUGAUCCUGGUUCCCUGUAGCUAGUAAGACCCACGACAGGCAUUGUUGUUAUCGUUGACGUAGGUAGAUGGUUGGGGACAGUUGAGUAGAAAUAGGAAUUUCAUUCAAAUUGCAUGUAGGUGCUUGCAGGUAGGUGAUGUGACCGAAACGGUUCUGGUAUCAUGUCGGGAGAGACCCAGAGCCCGUUGUGCUAGUG